AUGCUGUCGCCGACCCAGCUUGCGCUCCUGGUCCCCGUGGCCUCGUCAGCCGUGUGGUUUCUCUACCACUUUUUCCUCAUCCCGCGCAUCCACCGCCUCAAUGCGCUGCCAGGGCCGCCCCCGAAAAGCAUCAUUAGCGGCAACGCGAAGGACAUGGUGAAGUUUGCGUGGAGCGAAGAGGACCCGUACCCUGGCGUCUACGGCAAGUGGCUGCGCACGUAUGGGCCCGCGUACCAUCUUCGCUUGCUGCACUUCCACACGGUUGUCUUGGCCGACCCCGAUGCGCUCAAGCACGUGUUCGUCUCGCGCGCCGACAACUACAUACGCCACGCGACGCAGCGCGGACUCUACUGGUCCUUCACGGGCGGCGCGGGCGUCCUCACGACCGAAGGCGACGUCCACGCCGCCCAGCGCAAAAUGCUCAACCCGCACUUUGGCUACGUGAAUCUCAAGACGUUUGUCCGCAUCUUCAACACGCACGCCGCCGUGUUCGCGUCCCGUCUCGCGUCGCUCGCCGACGGCAACACCGUGCUCGACCUCCACGAGCGCAUGACCAAGUUGUCGUUCGAUAUCAUUGGCCUCGCGGCGUUCGGGUACGCGUUCAAGUCGCAGGAGAACGAGAGCGUCUCCAUCCUCGACGCCUUUGAGGCGCUCAAUAUGACGCCGACUUUCGCCUCGAUCUACGGACACGCGUACAUCCCGGGGUUCGAGCACCUUCCGCUGCCCUUUCUGCGCAAGCGCAAGGCGGCCAAGGCCGUCCUCGCACAAGUGGUCGACGACGUCAUUGCCCGCAAGCUCGCGGCGAGUGCCGAGAGCGCGAACAAGGACCUCCUCGACUUGGUGCUCGAGUCGGAUGAAAACAUGACGCCACACGAAGCCCGUGUGCACGUGCUCACGUUCCUCCUCGCAGGCCACGAGACAACGAGCACGUCACUGGCGUGGGUGCUGGCACUGCUGGCGCAGCAUCCGGCAGUGGCAGCGGCUGUCGCCGACGAGUGCCGCCGCGUCCUUGCGAAAGCCGGCGACGACGGUCUCUCGUGGGACGACCUCGGCGAGCUCAAGUACCUCAAGGCAGUCAUCAACGAGACGCAGCGGCUGCAGCCCACCGCCGGCAUCCUCACGCUGCACUGCGUUGCCGACGACCUCGUGCCCCGUGCGGACGCCGAGCCCUUCUUUCUCCCCGCGGGAUCGCGCAUCACUUUGCACAUUGGUGCGACGCACCGCAACCCGCAGUACUGGAGUCGCCCCGACGAGUUUCUCCCAGAACGCUUUCUCGAAGGCUCGGCGCUCUUUGCGGCCGACAAGGACCUGCAGCGCGGCCGCAGCAGCACGUACUUCUUCCUGCCCUUCAGCAACGGCCCCCGGAGCUGCAUUGGUAGUCGGUUCGCAAUCGCCGAAAUGCUCGUCGUACUUACACACGCGCUGGCGAGAUACGACUUUCGCCUUGACGUAUCUGCCAACACACACGCCAAGAUCGCGGGGCUGACGUACAAGCCCACGAAGCUCGCCAUGACGGUCGUGCCCCGCACUAACUAGUUGGCCUUGACGUUAAGAUAAGAUCUUGUCCUGGCUUGUGCACAGGAGACAAC